GCAAAAGCCGCGUAAUUUGUCGAUGCGAUCCCCCACGUGAGACUCUCUGUUUGUAAACUGAGCUCAUUAAUUUUCUUGUGCUGCUGCAGAUCCCAGCGGCUGGCCCUUGCAUCUUUCUCUAAAAUCCCUCGUUUUGGAGCAUCUUCUUUCUUAAGCACCCUUCUUUUUCGAGCCUCCUCUUUCUCUUCUCUUCACCCCUUUACCAAUACCAGAACCAGGGCUCAGCCUCAAUCUUACUGCACUCGUUGCUAGCCGCCUCAAGCUACAAAUAGAAGUUGCAAAGUAAAUCACGCAAAAUUCAAACUUCAUAUAAGCGCCCGCUACCCCCCACCUCCAAUUCCACAAACGCCUGAGUCAUGAGCGGUCUCGUGAAGCCAAUCUCACUGGGGCUUUCCCUAUGCGCGUAUGCAAUCGAUUCGAUAUUGUGCAAGAAAAUACACAAUCCAUUGGUUUCGUCGUUGGCUGUGAGUGGCACGCUUGCUUUUGUUGCUUUCAAGCUGCAUGCCACGUUGUCACCAUACAACUAUUCGGACGACCCAACGUUCCUUCCCGACUUAUUACUGAACGUAAUAAACUUGAUAUUCAUCGUCAGGUUCCCGUUGCGCCUGAAAACGGUCCUUCGUGUCACGUCCAAUAAGUACUUGGAGGGGUUCCUUUUCGUGUGUCUCAACGUUGUUGCCGUGCUCUCGCUCUACUCGUCAUACCCGUUUUCGUCUUUCUUGAACCUGGCCUUCCGAGGGUUGUUGUGGGUGCUGGUUGCCUGUCCGUAUGUGAUUUUAGCGUUGAAUCUCGCUGAAUACAGAUGCGCCAACAUGACGGAUUCUAGUGUGUGGAAUAUGAAGGCCAAGCUGAAAACCCUCCAAAACAAGCCGCCGAGACCGGGAGCCGGUAGUCUCUUGGCAUUGAUCGUUGAUACCAACAACAGCUUCUUGGCCAUUUUCAUCGCCCAGUCCUUCGCCGCGGUAAACCUUGACUUGCCGUUCUACGAGAGCUACUUCAUCCCGGUGCUCUAUAAGUAUGCAGCAUACUCGAUGAAGUUCUACUUAAUCUACUGCUUUGUGCUCUACGAGAUAGCAGUGGUGAUCUAUGAAGUUGACGACAUCAAAAGCUAUGCAGAGCUAUACCAGCCCAUACAGCUUUGCGUCAAGAAGAGCAGCUGGGAAACGUUUCGCGACAAUACAAGCACGUACUUCCUCAGUGGCGCGGUUGUCUUCGCCAUAAGCUUCGACUCGUUCAUGGCGUGGCGGUGUUACAGCAGUCAAUUUCUAUAGGGCCGCGAGAUGGCAGCAUGUUUUGAUGUCUGCGGUUUGCCAAGCAAAGCCAUCCGAGUCCCGGCGAAGCCUCGGAAAG